UAAAGUAAAAUAUAAAGCCGAAUGUCACACACGUCAAUUUCAUUUUAACAUUCACUUGCAAUACGAUACUAAUUACGAAGUCAAAAAUUUUGCCAACAAAAUGAUAACAUUUAAAUCCGUAAUUUUUACAACAAUUCUAUUGAAAUUGUUGCAUUUCAGUGAAUCAUAUAUGAUUACAAUAGAUUCGGGUGCACAAGAUUGUUUCCAUGAAAUCGGACCAAAAAUGAGUUUAAUGUUCGAGGUAAUUGAAGGUGGUUUUAAUGAUAUUGAGCUUCGGAUAACGGAUCCACAGGGUAAAGUGAUCCAUGAAGGCACUGAAAAAUCGGGCAAAUACACAUUCGGUUCAGGCGAUCCUGAGGCCAAAUACACAUACUGUUUUGUAAAUGAGAAAGUCAGCAUGUCACCAAAGACAAUUAUGUUUAAUAUGGAUGUUUUGGAUGGUGGACGUGUAGCAGGCGCACCAAACGAAAGCGAAGUUGGACACAACAAACUCGAAGAUAUGAUUCGUGAAUUGGGCGCUGGACUUACGUCGGUGAAACAUGAACAAGAAUAUAUGCAUGUGCGUGAUAAAUUCCAUCGUGAAAUUAACGAAAGCACAAAUUCACGUGUUGUAUUAUGGUCAACAUUUGAAGCAUUAGUUUUAGUAAUUAUGACCGUCGGUCAAGUGUAUUAUUUGAAGCGAUUCUUCGAAGUUCGUCGAGUAGUUUAAACAAAUAAAACAAAAUCAUACGGUUCGUUACAAUCAUACAUUUAAAAGAGACGAUAUUGCGUGGCAGAUCUCAGCAAUCAUACAUACACUCUGCCACAUUCCAUGUACUAAUUUCAACUUUCAUCAGCGUCUGCCGUAAUGAUUAAUUUCAACAACUGUUUUGCUACAAAAAUUAAACAAAGAAUAAAUAAAUAAAUUCAGGAUCUACAA